CAGCUCUUUAUCUCGUGCUCUUCCAGCUGUGAAUCAGUUGUAAAUCUGCACUGGACAUGAUCAGUUCGCCAUGAUCUCCUUGAAGUUGCUAGUACUCCAAGUACUUUUUAGUCUGCUCCUCGUGGAGCUCGUCCUGACUUCGGUGACCGAUGAGGAGUGGGCGCGGUACAAGGCCAGAUACAAAAAGCGAUAUGGGCAAGAGGACGCAUACCACCGGUGGCUAUACGAAAAGAAGGUGCAGGCGGUUGCCCAUCACAACAAACUGUAUUCCCAGGGCAAAUCGGGAUUCAGGAUGGGCUUGAACAAGUUCUCCGACAUAAAUCUUCGCCUGCUCCACAGUCGUCGUAGAGCGAUUGCUGUUCCUUCGGAACCGAUUGCUGAAGAAGUUACGAAAUCGGCGAACUACAAGAGCUACGACCAGAUCACCGGAGGAAUCGACUGGCGGCAGUACGGCUAUAUAUCGCCAGUGGGAGAUCAGGGUAUCGAGUGCCUGAGUUGCUGGGCCUUCUCCACCUCCGGCGUUCUGGAGGCCCAUCUGGCGAAGAAGUACGGAAAGCUGGUGCCACUUUCGCCCAAGCAUUUAGUGGACUGUGUUCCCUUUCCGAACCAAGGCUGCAAUGCUGGCUGGGUAAGCGUGGCCUUCAACUACACGAGAGAUUUUGGCAUUGCCACCAAGAAGUCCUAUCCCUACAAGCCCAAAAACGAAGAGUGCCACUGGGAUCCCAGAAAUAGUGCAGGCACCUUGCGGGAAUACGUUACACUGACCGGCAACAAUGAACGGGAGUUGGCGGAGGUGGUCUACAAUGUUGGACCCGUGGCGGUGUCCAUUGACCAUCUCCACGAGGAAUUCGAUCAGUACUUUGGCGGCAUUUUGCGGAUUCAGUCGUGUGGAAAUACCAAAUACGAUCUCACACACUCCGUUCUCUUGGUUGGCUUUGGAACCCAUCCGAAGUGGGGCGACUACUGGAUAAUAAAGAACUCCUUUGGGACCGAGUGGGGAGAAAGCGGCUACUUUAAACUGGCUCGAAAUGCGAACAACAUGUGUGGGGUAGCCACCCUUCCGCAAUAUCCUCUUGUUUAAGCAAUUCCGAUUAAUAAAUGCCGAUUAUUAAUUCCGAUUAAUAAUUUUAAGAAACUAUCUUGGUGCUCCAAAUUUCAA